UUGAUAAUGACAGCGUUGACUUACCCUUAAUGCAUAGCUCUUUUUACUGUUUCAUUUCUGCUGUAGUUGUAAGACCUUACACGUUUGUCAGCUAGGAAGGUAUCUGUAACUGUACGGCGUUACUAAGGAGGUGACGCCAUGGAGAGUCGUUGUUACGGCUGUGCAUCAAAGUUCAGCCUCUUCAAAAAGGAGCUGGGCUGUAAGAGCUGCGGACGCUCCUUCUGCUCCAGCUGUUUGACCUUCAGUGCUGUGGUGCCUCGCCAUGGUAACACCCAGCAGAAGGUCUGCAGGCAGUGUCAUGGUCAUCUCACAAAAGGGGAACCUUCAAACAAUGCUGGAAGAUGGUCCCCUCCAGAAAACUACAAAAAACGAGUUGCUGCGCUUGAAGCAAAACAGCAAGCUCAAUCCACACAGGCUGGUGUUCAUGGAGGGAGUAGAAAUGGCAAAUUGGUCCAUCUACCAACCAAAGGGCUUAGCAAAGAAGACCAGGCUAUUGCUGAUAAGCUUCAAAAGCUAAAAGAAGACACUAAACCGAAGUCUAUCCCUUCUGAGAAAGAGAUAGAGUCACGUCUUGCUGCGCUGAAAGCUCCCAGCCAACCAGUGCCUUCUGCAGAAGAGAUGGAGGAUCGCCUGGCAGCUCUGCGGGGUCAGCCACCUCCAUCACAAGCCCCUCGACCAGUACACCAGCCCCCUGACACCAGGACUCAGACUGAAAAAGCUAAUGAUUUGAUUACUCAGAUGGCAGAAGAAGCUGCCAUUGAUGACCAACUAUCAAGCCCAGAAGAUGGUGUAGAUAUGAAUGAUCUGAACAAAGGGGAGGGUGCAGCUUCAGAUGAAAACUUGGAAGACAACCAAGGAGGGAUCAGGAAGCUGGAAGCAGAAAAGGACCGUCUGCUUGAAGAGGCCAUGAAGGAGCUGAGGAAGGAGCACCACUCCCAGGAUCAGAUCCUCCACAUGGCCAAGAGGCUGGCACAGUUGAAGGGGCAGGACCCAGAUAAAGUAACAGCUGACGACUUCAAACAACCUGAUAGUGAAGAAGAAACAGAGGAAGAAGCUGUGAGGAGAGUCCUGAAACAGCUCUCAGAGGAAGCUGCACUCGAUGAAGCCAGCGGAUACAACAUCCCUAUAGAACAAAGCGGACCCAAGAACAGAGAGAAAAAGAAAACCUCUAAAAAAACAACCCCCUCACAGAAGAGCAAGACUCCUCCAGCCGCUGCCGUACAUCAGCCUUCAGACAGCGACGACGAGGAACUUCCGUGGUGCUGCAUCUGCAACCGUGACGCCACCCUCCGUUGCCACACUUGUGAUGGAGACCUGUACUGCAGCCGCUGCUUUCGGGAAGGCCAUGAUAAAUACGACAGGAAGGAGCAUCACACCAGUAGCUACACCGCUCCGAAGAAGAAGAAGAAGACAUGAUACUAAAGACGUUUGUCUUAUUAAGCUGACCUCUAAUGAUUGUAGGGCUUACUAUUUAGCUUCAUGGGGUGUACAGUAGUUACCCUUAACAGAAAAAGAAAACACUGCAGUAAACAUCGUAGCACGUUAUCUUCCAGUGCCUGGCAUAAGUAUUAAUAAAUGCUGUCUGAUGUGUUCAUGCAUUUUAUGGGGCAACUAAAAACUUGUAUUUAUUGGGCUAUUAUGUCAUAAACACAGUAGCAGUGGAAAAAAAGGACUAUAAUGUUUGGAUCCUUUGUUACAAUCAUUUGUAUUCAGCUCCCAGUUGUCAGCACUACAUAAAAUCACCUUCUUCUGCAGAAUAAAGCUGCAGAUAUUUUGAGGAAUAUCCCUCACAUCCAUAAAUACAUCAAUAUUUUUCCAAUAAUUCUUUCAAUUAAAAAACCCAAUCGGAUUGGAUGGGGAGCAUCUCUGAUUGGUUUUGAUCUAAACUAUUCCGUUUUAGCUUUUAGGUUUGUGUGAAGGUGAUUCUCCACAAAUAACUCUUAUAUUUUCCUCCAAGAUGGCCCUCUGUUACGCUCCAUCUCUCUUUCUCUCAGUUGUCAUGCUUGCUGAUAAAAGCAUCCCUGCACUGUGAUGCUGGCGCCAUGGCUCAUCGUGCUGAUGUGACAGGAGUUCUCAGUUUCCACCUUAGAGGGGCUUUUAUAUAAUCUUAAAUAGUUAAUUUUUCGUUUGACAAAAGUACUUUUUCACAUAUUUCCUGUGUCCACCAUAAGGGUUAUAUCUAGGUACCAAUCAGUCUUCUGUUGGGUUUUUCUGUUUAUUGUUUUUCAUCUCUGCCAGAAAGUCCAGAUUGGUUGUUUACACCACUCAGUUGGGGGGGGAAUGGAUUCUACCACCUGAGCUGUGGAAUUCUGCAGCUCCUCUCGAGUCCCUAAGAGAAACUUCCAGAGAUGCCACAACUUUAGGUUUCUAUUUUCUAAUCUUAAUCUGUGUUAACCUCCUUACUUUCUCCCUGGCCUGCCUUCUGUGUUUAUGAGGCUGUUUGUUCACCAAUGUUCUCUAACAUACCUCAGAGGUCUAAACAAACAGCUGCAUUUAUACCAAACUCAAACUGUGUACCGUGGGUUUAAUUUAGUGAUUCAGUAACUUCAUGCGGUUGAACUUUAUUUUAGGGUAUGUUGUAUAAAAACUGAAAAAGAAAAAAAAUGGAUGCAACACAAUUCAGUUUAUCUGUUAAAAAUGUAUGAAAGUAUGUUUUUUUUUAACUUCCACUUAAUAAUUUAAUGAUUGGUGUUGGUUUGAUACAUGAAAAUAUAUUAUCAAGAUUUGCAAUUGUGACAAAAUGUGAAAAGGUUAAAGGAGAUUGAUUCAAUUUGAGACAAAGUGGCAAAAAAAUAAAUAAAUUAAAGAGAUUAAAAAAAUACUUUGUAAGGCUCUUAGCAGCCAUUAGACUAAAAAUAGACGCAGGCUUUAAAUAACUGCAAAGCAAAAAGUUCUAUAUCUGAAACUCAUCUUUUAAAAAAGGUUGAAGAUUUUAAAUUAAGAACAUCUUAGAACCAUCAGGGGGAGAAAAAAGAAGUGUCAGGUCUGUUUAAAGCUGUUAUACGUUUUCAUGAGAACAAAGCCUUCUCUGGAGUGUACUUUGCACAGGUCACUAUCGGAGUAUUUUUAACGCUUUACAGCAGGCAGCAAAAAGAUCACAGAAGAAGCAAAAAACAAGUGAGCCCAAAAGAAUCAUUGUGGCAUUUGUUUCCUUUAAUAUUUAGCUGUGU